AUGCGGCAAUCGCCUGCAGCAGAGCAACUAAAAGAGCGACUUCGAGAAAAAGGUGCGGUUCCAGAACUCUACACGUUCGAGAAAUUCUCCCAGCCCUGUGCAGUGUACGUCAAACUUGCAUUCCCCAGGCUCAACAAGCAAACCUAUGCGACUGCUACCAGAGAUGCAUCUUUUUGCUACAUCGGAUCCACCAACAUCACUGUGGCCAAGAGAGAAUACAACAGAGUCGCAAAACUUCGUCAACUACAACAACUCAAACUUCCCAAAACCGAGAUUGCCAUUCGAUAUUGGAACGAUUCCCAGACCUACCAGCACUACAGCACCAUCCUCCUUUCGCAGCACUCGGAGUAUAUUGACGCCUGGGCCGAAGAACAUAGCCUGAUUCAGAGAUGGCAGCCCAAGCUGAACUACCCGUAUGUCACGAAGGAGCUGGUCAAGAAGGCGCAAUUCUGGAAGCUUUUGUAUUCCAUAUCCAGCGACACCAAGCAAGAAUUUGAGGCCUCCAAGGAGCUACGCAGCGGCAAGCAUGACUCAGAAACAGAGGCAACGCAUCCCUCUCUCGAACGAGCUCUUUGGAAUCACAAACGGAAAGUCACCGAUAUGGGCAGACACUGGAAGCCUACAGAAUGUCAGUGCACCCAAUUCAUCAAGCAACAUCCACGAGCACAAGUGCAUGAAGGACAUGUAGUAACGGGCUUGGAAACCCUACAACUACCCAGCACAAGCCAGACUUUUCGCAACAUUGGGGCCGGGAACGCCUUCUACUCCUCCAAGCAGCGCAUCAAGAAGCAGCAUCAAGAACAAUUCCAGCGAUGGCUAAAGCACCACCAAUUUCCUCGAGAUCAACGCAUACUUGACGACUUUGACGACUUCUUCGAGCAGGAGUGGAAACAGCACAGACUACAGCUUCAACGAGAACCACGUCUCACACACAGAUUAGCAAAGAACAUCUUGGGCAUGAUCCCUGACGAUUACAUUGUGCACAACGAGGACCACGCCAACGCGCACCUCAUGAUCUACUGCCCGAACAUCUACAACCAAGCAGCCUACAACACUUGGAUGGACAAACAAACAUUCAGAAUGUUAGACGCCGACCCUGAAGAGAUCAAGCAAGCCAUGCAGAACAACACCCCCAAGAUCGUCGCCAAGCACUACGCCAAGCUACUUGCCUAUGAAAAGCCCCUUCCGUAUGGAUAUAUCCUCAUGAAACGGAAAAAGCGGUGGGCCAAGUGGACCUUUCCAGUUUGUCGUGAAAUGGAUUGA